CUACAGGUCAGAAGUAAAAGCCAGGCAGGAUGUGAAGCCCGACAUCCGGCAGCCGCCGUUCACGGACUACAGGCAAUCCUCCACGGACUACCGGCAGCCCCCGCUGGACUACCGGCACCCGCCGGUGAUGGACUACCAGCAGCCACCCCCCCUGGACUACAGGCAGCCCCCGCUGAUGGACUACAGGCAGCACUCCCCCGACACCCGGCAGUACCCCCUGGCCGAGUACAGGCAGCCCCAGGACUUUGAUUAUUUCACCGUUGAUUUGGAGAAAGGAGCCAAAGGAUUUGGGUUUAGUAUUCGAGGAGGAAGAGAGUACAAAAUGGAUUUGUAUGUGUUGAGGUUAGCAGAAGAUGGACCAGCAGUAAGAAAUGGAAGGAUGAGGGUAGGAGAUCAAAUAAUUGAAAUCAAUGGAGAAAGCACAAGGGACAUGACACAUGCCAGAGCAAUAGAGCUAAUCAAGUCUGGUGGCAGGAGAGUGCGACUGCUGUUGAAACGUGGGACAGGCCAGGUCCCAGAAUAUGACGAACCAAACUCCUGGAGUGCUCCCUCUGCCACCUCCCCAGGUCUGCCGGAAGUAGCUCUUUCCCUCGACGACAUAAUCUCACCAUUAUCUUCAUCACACAUAGCCCCACCCUCUGACCCUUCUCACCAGAUAAGCCCAGAGCCAACAUGGGAUAUCAAGAGGGAACACGAUGUAAGGAAACCAAAGGAGCUUUCGGUGAACGGUCACAAAAAGAAAAGGUUAGGAGAACAAAGAGAAAGGUCAGCAAGUCCUAAAAAGGUAGACAGGUCAAAGCACGAAGAGGCUUCUUGGAAAGGAUAUUCAGGAGGCAAAAAUAAGACCACUGAUGGUGGCAGGCCCACCUCAGAAAGCAAAGCGGUGGGACACGGCGUUAUGAUCGAGGCUGGCGCAAGAGAGCACAUGUGUGCUGGAAGCAGUGAUGAACAGUUAGGGAGGCUGAGGAAGCCAGAAAGCAAGAGAGGAGGAUCUCUUAGCAAAAGAGACCACAGAUCCACAAACACCAGUGAGAAGUCAGCUGCAGCACCCGACCACGUCAAGACCGAUACGGGAGCUGCCAAGACCUAUGGUAGCAACCGCUGCAGCUCGCCUGGAAGCGAUAUGGACCACAGCCAGAGGGACCCUGAUGGGAAACCCAGCGAGUUCCCCAGGAAGGGACAUCUCCACUCCAUCAGCACUCGCAGCACCAACACCACAGUUCGAAAGGCAACGGUCUCUCCAGGGCCGUGGAAAAUCCCUGGCUCGGAUAAGCUACCAAGCGUCCUGAAGUCUGGUACUUCUGCCAUGAGCAGAUAAGCAAGGGACUGUUGCCCUCUAACUGUCUCAAACUGACGCAGAACAUUCUUCUUAGUUUUUGUCUCACAUUGGUUUGUUUUAAUUUAUUUUAACUAUCACACAUAUACACAAAGCAUUGAGGAAUGAAAACAUUAGUGUGUAAUUCCAUGACAAUGUGCACAGUAUCUAAUAAGUUCAAAAGCAUAUAGUCAACACAGAGAUUUAAAAUCGACCCUAAAGUCCCAGUUCCAUUUUAGGGACUUUGGCAGCUAUGGAAGAAACCAAAACAAUAUGAAGGACAGUACAUCAGAGAAGGAUAGUGCAGUGUAGCUUUAGCAUUUUUUUCCCACUGCAUGAAGGACUUGGAUUUCAUUCAAACUUUAUAUCAAGAAACUGGAACAAGUUAGAGCAAUCACAAACUGGAACAUCGCCUUAAAUAAAACUGCACGGAGCAAGCUGAAACCGAGAGAGGAUCUUUUCAUGGAGCUAAAAUGUUGUAAAUAAAUUGUUCUCGACAUAUCUAGACAGGGGUUAAAGGGUUUCUUUAAAGCAUCGUUCGGAACUGUACACCCAUGACACGUCUCCACUGUUAACGCUUUGGGAUAGUCCACGUGGCACCCUGUAGAAUAGUUCACCGGGUGCUGCGGGAGGAAUGGGGAAUCCAGUGGAUUAGUUUCUGUGAUACCAUUUCUACUGCCAUUUUUGUGAACAAACCAUGUUUCUGUACAUUGGAAAGGAGUUAAGGUGGAGUUGUAUUUGCAAAUUAUUCUCAAAAGUGAUUUAUUACAGGUUCCCCAAGUCCACAAACCAAUUGGUCAGGCUCAAAUCCCAGGCAUCUGCAAGGCCCUUGCAAUGAAAGGAAGAGUGCUACAGAGAAAAAGCUGCAGUUUCCUUAAGGAAAGGCCUUUCCUUCCUGCAGAAGAUGAUAGCAUCACUUAUCAACAGUGCUAUGUUUCAUACCCAUCCACAUUUACUUAGGACACUCUCACCUCUCAUCCCCUCAGUUUGGCAGAGCAGGUGCCUUUCAGGCACAUGUCAACAAUAAUUAGACUGGUUUCUGAAAUACAGUUGUCGGUGUCCUCAUUCAGUAAAUUCAGUAUUUUUCCAUUUUUAAAAUGGUUUCCAUUUCACCAUUUUUUCCCUAUCUCCAUUUUUUUUCUUCUUUUUGUUUUUAUCUUUCUUGCUUGUCUGUUUUGAAUUUUA